UCAAUGCAGCUGAUAACAAACAAAGAGACAAGAACAUGACCACCAUCAAAAUCACCAUCGACCCAGAGUCCAACACCAUUGCCGUGUGGAAUAAUGGGCAGGGAAUUCCUGUUGUUGAACACAAAGAUGAGAAGAUGUACGUACCUGCACUGAUCUUUGGACACCUCCUCACCUCUAGCAACUAUGAUGACAAUGAGAAAAAAGUCACAGGUGGCAGGAAUGGAUAUGGUGCUAAACUCUGUAACAUAUUCAGCCUAAAGUUUACAGUAGAGACAGCCUGCAAGGAGUACAAACGCAGCUUCAAACAGACAUGGCAGGAGAACAUGGGAAAGACCAGUGAGGCGAAGAUCAAAAACUUUGAUGGGGAUGACUUCACGUGUGUCACCUUCCAGCCUGAUCUGGCCAAAUUCAAGAUGGAGAAACUGGAUAAGGACAUUGUGGCUUUGCUAACACGCAGGGCGUAUGAUGUGGCUGGGUCUUGUAGGGGCGUCAAAGUCAUGCUCAAUGGAAAGAAGCUACCCGUGAAUGGUUUCCGCAGUUAUGUGGAUCUCUAUGUGAAGGAUAAACUGGAUGAGACGGGAGUCGCUCUAAAGGUGGUGAAUGAGGCGGUGAAUGAGCGCUGGGAAGUGUGUCUCACCAUGAGUGAGAAGGGCUUCCAGCAAAUCAGCUUUGUCAACAGUAUUGCAACCACCAAGGGAGGAAGACAUGUUGACUAUGUUGUGGACCAAAUUGUGUCGAAACUGAUUGAAGUGGUGAAGAAGAAGAACAAAGCUGGAGUCUCUGUGAAACCAUUCCAGGUUAAAAACCAUCUGUGGGUAUUUGUUAAUGCCCUGAUCGAGAACCCAACUUUUGAUUCCCAGACUAAGGAGAACAUGACUCUACAGACCAAAAGCUUUGGCUCAAAAUGUGCUCUCACUGAGAAAUUCAUUAGAUCUGCCACAAAUUGUGGUAUUGUGGAGAGCAUUCUGAACUGGGUGAAGUUUAAGGCUCAGACACAGCUCAACAAGAAAUGCUCCUCUGUCAAACACAGCAAGAUUAAAGGAAUUCCCAAACUAGAUGAUGCCAAUGAUGCUGGGGGGAAACAUUCUUCAGAUUGCACUCUGAUCCUGACUGAGGGAGAUUCAGCCAAGUCUCUGGCUGUGUCCGGUUUAGGAGUGAUCGGGCGAGAUCGAUAUGGGGUGUUUCCGCUCAGGGGAAAGAUCCUCAAUGUGAGGGAGGCCACACACAAGCAGAUAAUGGAGAAUGCGGAAAUCAACAACAUUAUUAAAAUUGUGGGUCUUCAGUACAAGAAGAGCUAUGAAGAUCCAGAGUCCCUGAAGAGCUUACGCUACGGAAAGAUUAUGAUCAUGACGGAUCAGGAUCAAGAUGGCUCUCACAUCAAGGGUCUUCUCAUUAACUUCUUCCAUCACAACUGGCCAUCUCUGCUGAAGCACACCUUCCUGGAGGAGUUCAUCACACCCAUUGUGAAGGCCAAUAAGAACAAACAGGCAGUAUCGUUUUACAGCAUCCCAGAAUUUGAAGAAUGGAAGAAGCACACAGACAAUUUUAAAACUUGGCACAUAAAGUACUAUAAAGGUUUGGGUACCAGCACAAGCAAAGAAGCAAAGGAAUAUUUUGCUGACAUGGAAAGACAUCGAAUUAUGUUCAAGUACAAUGGCACUGAAGAUGAUGCAGCCAUUACACUGGCUUUCAGUAAGAAGAAAACGGAUGACAGGAAAGAGUGGCUUACUAAUUUCAUGGAAGACAGGCGGCAGAGGAGGAUACAUGGACUGCCUGAGCAAUACCUGUACGGCACAACAACACGACACCUUUCCUACAAUGACUUCAUCAAUAAAGAACUCAUCCUCUUCUCCAAUUCUGACAAUGAGCGUUCGAUUCCAUCGCUUGUUGAUGGUCUGAAGCCAGGCCAGAGGAAGGUGUUGUUCACCUGUUUGAAGAGGAAUGAUAAAAGGGAGGUUAAGGUGGCCCAGCUGGCCGGAUCCGUGGCUGAGAUGUCUGCAUACCAUCAUGGUGAACAAGCCCUGAUGAUGACUAUCGUGAAUUUGGCCCAGAACUUUGUGGGCAGCAACAAUGUCAACAUUCUUCAGCCUCUUGGCCAGUUUGGUACCCGUAUCAAUGGCGGUAAAGAUGCUGCCAGCCCUCGUUACAUCUUCACUAUGCUUAGUCCAUUGGCCAAACUGCUGUUUCCUGCUGUGGACUCCAGCCUGUUAAAGUUUUUGUAUGAUGACAAUCAGAAGGUGGAGCCAGAGUGGUACAUACCCAUAAUUCCCUUGGUACUGGUAAACGGAGCUGAGGGUAUCGGGACUGGCUGGGCAUGCAAGAUCCCCAACUAUGACCCGCGAGAGAUUGUCAACAACAUCAGCCGUAUGCUCAACCACCAGGACCCUCUACCCAUGCUGCCCAGCUACAAGAACUUUAAAGGUAUCAUUCAUGAGCUGGGACAGAACCAAUAUGUGGUCAGUGGAGAAGUGUCCGUCCUGGACAAAAAUACCAUUGAGAUUAUUGAACUUCCUGUUCGCACCUGGACUCAGGCAUAUAAGGAGUCAGUUCUUGAGCCCAUGCUCCAAGGAACAGAUAAAACUCCUCCUCUGAUCAACGACUAUAAGGAAUACCACACCGACACCACAGUGAAGUUCGUGGUGCGCAUGACAGAGGAGAAGCUGGCACAGGCUGAGGCGGCCGGCCUUCACAAGGUCUUCAAAUUACAGUCGUCCCUCACCUGCAACUCCAUGGUGCUGUUUGAUCACAUGGGCUGUAUGAAGCGCUAUGAGUCUGUGCAGGAUAUCCUGAAGGAGUUCUUUGAGCUGCGCUUGCACUAUUAUAAACUGAGGAAGGACUGGCUGGUGGGCAGUCUGGGCGCUGAGUCGGCCAAACUCUCCAACCAGGCACGAUUUGUGCUUGAGAAGAUUGAGGGAAAACUAUCAAUCGAGAACAAGUCAAAAAGAGAUUUGAUCCGAAUGCUGGUGCAAAAAGGAUUUGAAUCUGACCCCGUGGCUGCCUGGAACAAAGCCCAGGAGAAGUCUUUGGAGGAUGAGGAUGGUGAAGGUAAUGACAGUGACAUCUCAGUGGACUCUGGCUCCACCUCUGGGCCAAAUUUUAACUACAUUCUGAACAUGCCUCUGUGGUGUCUGACCAAGGAGAAGGUUGAGGAACUCCUCAAGCAGAAAGACCUGAAGAAAGCAGAGCUGAAUGAACUCCAGAACAAAAAUGCAGAAGAUCUGUGGAGGGAAGAUCUGUCUGUUUUCAUUGAGGAGCUGGACCGUAUAGAGGGGCAGGAGAGGGAGAGUGUGAACUCUGGGAAGGCCACGAAGCUGGUGAAAGGGAAGGUGGGCAAACCUAAAGUGAAGAAGAUGCACCUGGAAGAAACUCUGCCCUCUCCCUUUGGUCGCAGGAUAGAGCCACAGGUCACACAGGCUAUGAAGGCUGAUGCCUCCAAGAAACUCACCAAAAAAAAGAAGAGUGAGGUAGAUCCAGCCUUCAAGUUGGAGUUUGAUGAGGACAGCGUGCUGGGCUCCAAUGGAGGAGAGAAUUCCCUCAUUUCUCCAUCCGGCCUUCCCAUCCCAGGAGCCAAACCCAAAGCUCCGCGGGUCAAGCGAGAGAAGAAAGAACCUGGUGCUCCGAAACAAAGGAAGCCAUCAGGUGCUAAAGGUCCAGCUAAGAAAGUUAAAAAAAGGAAUCCAUUGUCAGAUGAUGAAUGUAAUGAUCGUUCCGAAAAUGAGCUGGAUGAAAGUGAACCUGUUAUUCCCAGGGACACCACAUCCAGGAGAGCCUCAGGUGCUCCGAAACAAAGGAAGCCAUCAGGUGCUAAAGGUCCAGCUAAGAAAGUUAAAAAAAGGAAUCCAUGGUCAGAUGAUGAAUGUGAUGAUGAUCGUUCCGAAAAUGAGCUGGAUGAAAGUGAACCUGUUAUUCCCAGGGACACCACAUCCAGGAGAGCCUCAGCUGUGAAGGCCAAGUACACAUUUGACUUCUCUGAGGAAGAGGAGGGUGGUGACGAGGAACAGGAGAAUGAUGGUUCAGCAUCACCAGUUCUCUCCUAUAAAAACACAGAGCGGCAAAAUGAUGAUGAAGAAGAUGAUGGAGACAUUUUUCCUCCAAAAACAACAUUUACUUUGCCUACUUCCCCAGCGAAGAAAAGGGACCCAGUGCCUGUAUUGUCAUCUAAAACGGAGUAUGCUGACAAGAGCAGUGAUGACGAUGGGAAGUCAGACAGUGAUGAUGACAGGGGUCCAGUGUUCUCAUCAAUUUCCAACAGUUCUGUUUUUGAGAAACCUCCACCUAAAAAAGUUAAGAAACCUGCAGAAAUGGCACCUAAACAGAAGAAAGUUCCAGUAAAAGCCAAGAAGCCUGAUACAUCCGUCUGGGACUCUGACUCAGACACGGGCACUAAAAAAGCAUCAGCAGCACCAAAAGGGGGUGGGAAAGGCCGAGGCAGGAAAAGGAAGCAGUCGAGCUCAGAGGAGGAGGUUUAUAACCCUGUGAAGAAGACUGGAAAGACUGCCACAAGCAGGAAACCAAAGAAGGCAGUGUCUGACGAUGAAGAAGAUGAUGACGCAAGCAUGAACAGCUUCAGCCGUCUGGACUCAGGCAGAGAUCGAUCCGGUCGAGCCAAGAAAGAAGUCAAAUAUUUUGCAGAAUCUGAUAAUGAUGAUGACGAUGACGAUAUGUUUGACUAGAAAACACACUCACACACACUCAGUCCAGAAAUAUCCUUGUUGAAGAACAGGUUCACUGUCUUCUGUCCUGCAGAAUUUUGUACAUUUUACUCUCCAUUUUAUUUCUUCAAUUGUGAUGUUGAAUUCUUUCUACUGUGUAGCUGUUUUACUCUUUUUAUCGUUAUUGCUAUAUUAUUAUUAUUAUUGGUAUGAUAUACAUUGACAAUGUUGUUUUUUAUCAUUGAAUUGUAUUUGUCCUGAGCAGCUUUUAGAAAUGUAGACUGCUGUGCUUUAGCACCUUUAAUGGUUCAGCAUUAGAGAUGACUUACCUUUUUGAGAUGACUUGGAAAUAAACAUGAAAUGUAAAUUAUAUGUUAGUCUUUAGCAAUGGUAGUACCACUGAAAUGUUCCAAAAUGUUUGAGAGACCAUAAGAGACAAUGACAGGACAUGCUGUUUAUUACCACAGAAAUGUCAACUCAUCCUGCCGAUUUUAAAAACAAGCUAAAUAGUGCUCUUGUUAUGUAGAACCAGAAGUUGAUCUGCUUAGAAAAGUUCUCCAAGGAUGCAAAAACAAUGAUUUAGACAACUGCAACAGCACAACAUUUAACAUUGUAUGAAAUAAUUGAACAAAAUGAACCACAACCUCUAUCUCACACUUUACGCAUACAUUAACAUGGACCUUCCAAGUACUUCCAAACAUUUUAAAAUUAAUACAUUUUUUUAUUGUUUUGCCAGACGGGUUCACGGUAAAGGCAAUGGUAAACUAAAGCACUGUUAAUGUUAACUCCUUGGUGUCACAGGUUUUAAACAGAAGUUGAGAAUUUCAUCCUUAUGAACUGUUUAAUUACUUUUUGUUUUUUUUAGAGAAACCAAAAUGUUUUGUAAGUGUUAAAGGACUGUUCCUUCGUAGGUUAAAUUUGGGCCAACUUUGUGUUUGAUUGUUGACUGCCUUUCAAUCAAAAAUCCAAAGAUAAAAACCAAUCUCUAACAUCUCAGUAAAAUUUUUAGUACAUGUC